AUGGUGCUUACCGCCGCCCAUUGCAUAUGGGGAGUCCAGCCUAGCCAGAUGGAAGCUAUUGUAGGCGGCAAUGAUUAUAUGGCUGCUAAUAACGAUUGGUACAAAAUCGCUCAGUUCAUCAACCAUCCUCAGUACAUACAUAAGAAGCUCGAUUACGACAUUGGCCUGAUCCGGUUGAGUAGACCAGUUCGAUUAGGUGGCCCAGUGCAAAAGAUUCUGUUGGCUGAUUCCGAUGCCAAAUACCCAGCUGGUAGCACAGCAAUUGUUAGUGGAUAUGGUGCCAUAAAUUAUCAUUAUGACAAGCAAAGCUUUCUGAGAUACGCCCAAGUUCCUGUAUGGAGUGAAGAGGAUUGUCAUCAAAAAUUUAGUACCAUCACGAAGCGCAACAUUUGCGCAGGAACGUCUGGCAGAGUGGGCAAUUGUCAAGGAGAUUCUGGAGGACCAUUAACUGUUGCCCAUUGCACAUGGGGACUACAGCCUGGCCAUAUGGAUAUUAUUGUAGGCGGCAACGAUUUAGUUAUACCCAAUGAAAAUUGGUUCAAUGUUGUUGAGUUUAUCACCCAUCAUCUGUACAGUCCAGAUGGACCAGAUUUUGAUAUCACCCUGAUUCGGUUAAGUGCCAUAUUCAUCUCUACUGCUAGAAGAUUAGUUCGCACCAUUGGUGGGCAAAUUGCUGCUCCGUGGCAGAUUCCCUAUUUUGCGACCUUGAUAAAGGAAGAAGAACAGUCUUGUGGCGGUUCGUUGAUAUCACAGACUAUGGUCCUUACUGCUGCUCAUUGCACACUUGGUGCACAUCCCAGCCAGAUGGAUGUAAUUGUAGGCACCAACGAUUUAAGUGUUCCUAGUGAAAAUCGGUUUAGUGUUGCCCAGUUUAUCAGACAUCCACUGCACAGUCCUUAUAGUGUCGAUUUUGAUAUUGCGUUGGUUCGGUUAAGUAAACCAGUUCCCUUGGGUCCCCUAGUGCAAACGAUUCUGUUGGCCGAUGCAGAUUCCGAGUACCCAGAAGGUGAAACAGCAACAAUUAGUGGAUUUGGUGCUAUCAAUCAUCAUAGAGAUAGGCAAAGCUUUCUGAGAUACGCCGAAGUUCCGAUAUGGAGUGAAAAGGAAUGUAGAAAUAAAAAGUAUCCAUUCAUUACGGAGCGAAACAUUUGUGCAGGAACGUCAGCUGGCAUAGUGUCCAGUUGUUAUGGAGAUUCUGGUGGACCAUUGACUGUGGAUAACAAACUCUAUGGAGUGGUAUCUUGGGGCUAUAAAUGUGGCAGAACAGGUCCGGGGGUUUAUUCAUAUGUACCUGCCUACCGCUGUUGGAUCUUUCAAAAUGCUCAUAUCUAAGUUAGUUUCACGAAUUGAAUUAAAUGAAGAAACUGCAAUGUCUAAAAAAAGAACCCACACAGAUUUAAUUUAUUCUAUUGGGAAUCUAUUAUUUUAACUAUUUGCAACUAAUUAGAUAAAGAAUGUUUUAAUUUUAUUUGUCACGUACUAAUAAAGUAGCGUGAAAUUAGUAAUUCGCCAAGACUGUAAAA